UGGAGCAAGGACUCCUGGUGGGACUAGGAAUCGACUCAGCGGUGGGCUGAUAGGGGCCACGUCCUUACGAUUGCCGAGGAAGGGAAGGAAUAUUAGUUCAACAUCUACUAGUGGAAGUGCAGGGAGCCCAUACUACUUUCAUUGAUGUUUCAGGAAUAGGAGUUUGUGUUAGUAGGCCAGAUUCCGAAAAUUCCUCAGAUGAGGAAGACGAACGCGAACUAGAAGGUAAAACAUAUUCAAAAGCAGGUUUUGAGAUCGAUCGUGCAUCUGCUGGGAACAUUAAACGGAAUAAUUAUGAAUGUUCCUUAGACACAGAAGAAGAAGAUAGCUUUGGUUAUACAACUAAGAAAAUCAAGAAGCGCUAUGGUGCACUUGGUCUAUUGGUAUGUCAUACGAUUGAGCGAAGCGGAUGUUCCAGUUUAGGGAUAUCACUGGCGGGACACCGAGACAGGACAAGGAUGGCUUGCUUCAUUGCAGGAAUAAACCCGAAAGGAUUAGCGUCAUCAUCCCCUUUCAUAGCUGGAGACGAAAUUCUCGAGGUGAAAACGCAUCAUGUAAGCUAUGGGAAAAUUCAAUUUUAUAAAAUUCUAAACUGAUGGUUCACCAUGAUUACUCACCAUACGAGAACCUGGCACUAAUUUCCCUUUCAACGAAAGCUUUGUGUACGAGCGCAGAAGAAGAAAUAUUUGAAAUCAAAUUAUUUAAUUAAAUGAAAUGUAAAUUAUUACACUUAGGUUAAGCACUCCCCUACACCUAGCACUCACACUGAACUCAAUUCCACAAAACCAGGCCCACCUAACAUCACAUUUACCUACCGUUACGAUCGAAAGUGAAAUAGUAGAUAAUAGUGUGAUAUAUACUUAUACCGAUAAAGUUAAUUAAACGGCAGUUAAAACCUACUCAUUGUACCGAGCACACGUACCUACAUAGUCGCUCUCGUUUAAUCGCGUCGGUCACCGAAAGCCCGCCAUCAUCUCGUCGUCCACCUUUCUUUGCAUCGUCUCGAUCAGCUUCGAGUGGAAUCUGGAACCGAUUCCAACCAAGGGACUCCCGACGGAGAUACGCAGAACAAGCAGAGGCUCGUACAUGGUCCUUCGAGCCGGAUCACCGCGAAGGCCAGAUUUCAUCGCAGCAUCUUGUUUGGCAAGGAAAAUUGUACUCCAUUUUGUUCCUCAAAAGGGCGGGGGUUACAAAAGUUAAGUCCGGUUCCAAUCAUCCUGAUCACGGAAGAAAAGGAACUGAUCGCACUUUCGAUAGCAUUUCAGGCUGAUACAGGAUUUCGAGGACAACUUUAGCGUCAUUGGACUGAUGAGGGCUGAUUGAAUUGGCGGUUGGUUCCAACGAGCGCAUAAGAUACUAUCCAGCAGCACUCUCGUCGACUGCUGGCGCUCUUUUAAUACCAUACUGGAUCCACAAUUUAUUCUGGACAUCAGUCUCCAUUGCAUAAAGCCGGACACAUUCCCGCGCUUCGGAUUCUGGACGCAUCUAGUGUCAUCGACGACGCGCUCAACUGUAAUUCACGUAAGUCGUCAUUUUGCUUUCCCUCAAUCACAAGUCACCCGUGCGAUUGUAGUUAUAAACAAUGGAGUGUUCUAAAAGUGAAAAUGACAUUUCCAUUCCCAAUCCUGCGACUGCAGCGAAUAGCCAGGAAAUAAAAAAAGCACGUGUUUGCCCGCAACCGUGCUCGAAAUGAUUUAGGGCGCAUGCACAAUUUCAUUAACUUUUUCCAACCAUCUGGACUGGCAGAAGCUCAGCUACGUUUAGCUCGAUUAGAUCAAAUUUAUGCUAGUUAUCAAGAUAGCUCGUCGGCUCUAGAAAUCCUGAUUGAUGGUAUAGUCACGGAAUACGACAUGGAUUUACAGAAAGAUUUAGAGAAGUUUGAAAAUGACUUUUUCGCACUCCAAGCUUGGCUCAAAACCUCGAGUCAUGCUGAGCGCCUUCCUGAUACUACACCAGGAACUACCUGUGGAACACUUCGCCUUCCUAGCAUAUCAGUUCCCGAAUUCAAUGGGGACAUCGAUAAAUGGUAUUCGUUGUACGACACCUUUUGCUCCUUGAUAUACAAUAAUCCAGAGCUCUCGGACAUACAGAAGUUCCAUUACUUUAAAGCGUCCUUGAAGGGUACAACAGCAAAGCUUAUUGACGACAUAACCCUGUGCGCAGAUAAUUGUACGGUAGCCCUUAAAAUUAUCACUGAUCGAUUUGAGCAUCUACUUGAUGAUUUUCAAAAGAACAUUGGGGUUCUGAACAAACUUGGCGAACCCACCAGUGAUUGGAAUUCUCUUCUCGUCCAUAUGCUUACUUCGCGCCUAGAUCCAGCAACGAAACGUGAAUGGGAAAGAACAACAGAUCCAAAGCCUAUGCCAAAAUUUGGGGACCUUGUAUGCUUUUUGCAAAACCAUGUAUUGCAAUUGCAGUCCUUAGAAGGUGAUUUUCAGCGGACUGCUACAGCUCAAACCACCAGAGCUACAUACGCUACCACAUCUUCGUCUAAUAGAUCAUGCAUCCUCUGCCAUGGAAAUCACUCCCUAUUCUACUGCGGGAAAUUUAAAGCACUUACUGUUCCGGAAAGAAUUAACGUCGUAUCCAACAAAAGGCUUUGUGAAAACUACAUAAGUGAAAAGCACCUUCCAAAUCAAUGCAAACAGCGUAGCUGUCGGAUUUGUGGAAAGAAACACAAUAGUCUUCUGCAACUUCUUAGUACCUCUCAGUCCUCAUUUGUGACGUCUCGAUCUAACCGCUAACCCCAUGUACAAGUUUUCCUGUCAACUGCACUUGUAAAAGUGGUUGGGCCCAAAGGCAACAUAGCUGUUGCCAGAGUCUUGCUAGACAAUGCUUCGCAGCCCAAUCUGAUGACUGAACGAUUUCGACAAAUAUUGAAUCUUCGAAAAAGUUCAGCUAUUAUGGAGCUCUACGGUGUUGGAGCUGAACUGAAAGUAUUUGCAUUUUCAACAGUAGCAACAGUAUGUUCCCGGUUCAACAACUGUCGAGCGGUGUUGGAAUUUUUAAUCUUGUCGAAGAUUACCACUGACCUGCCCACUUCGUUGGUAGACACUACAGGGUGGAUUAUUCCAGACCACAUCCAACUUGCAUUUGCCACUUCAGGUGCUAUUGAUAUGGUAACCGGUAGUGAGGUAUUUUUGGAUCUUCUUCGGAGAGGACACAUGCGGAUCGACGAUGAUAAACCUACACUACAAAGUUCCGUGUUUGGUUGGUUAGUUGCAGGAGCACAUCGAAGUUCAUCAGCGACAGUAUGUUUGGUCACUUAUGUUACUACAACUGAGAGUCUGAACAAGCAGGUAGCAGAAUUUUGGGAAUUUGAAUCCUGUCAGUCAGAAUCAAUCUGGCAUAUCAUUGCGCGAGUGGUCGUCUAACUGUCGUAAUGUUCUCAAUGAAAUUCCACGCGACUACUGGAAGACUGAAAGGGUGUUGGAAUUGGACAGUUCGGCUCCAAUUCAAGCGCUUGGGCUGUUGUAGGAACCAGACUAUUUUUACAUUUCUUAUAAAAGAAAUGUAUAGAAUUCGCUCAAACUUUCAAGAUUUUUUUUCGAGGCCCGGAGGGCCGUGUCUUAUAUACCAAUCGACUCAGCUUGAUGAUGUGGGACAAUGUCUGUGUGUGUAUGUAACGGACAAAUUCUCAUUCGUGUUUCUCAGCAAUGGCUGAACCGAUCUUAUCCAAACCAAUUUUAAAUGAAAGAACUAAAAAACAGUAUGAACGCUAUUAAUUUGUUUUUGAUUCUGAUGUUUAGUUUCCAAGAUAUGAAUGUUUGAAUGCGUAAAAUUGGCGUUUUUUGCAGUUUUUUUGAAUUAUCGAAAUUGACAAUAUAGAUUGACAAUUUAUAUGUUUAACGAAUACCUUUCGAACAAGCUAUAGAUUGUUGAAAUCGGACUAUUAUCAAAAGAUAUAUUUAACAUUAAAUGCGGACGAAAGAUUUUUAUCAUUUCCCAUUGCCAGAAAUAUGACCAAAAACAUGUAAUCUAUUAUUAACGCCAAAACGACUUAUUUUAGGUCAAUAGUAUCUUCGGAGAA